CGGCGGCACUUCAUUCUUGGAGAAUGUCGUCAACUUUGGGCGUUUCGGCCCUUGUUGGUAGUGCAGAUCCGAAUUCUUACUUUCCUGGUCUGUUAAGACACCACAGUUCUGAUUGCGUUACAGAAAGAGUCGGUUAUCGGGAGGCUCUUUACAACUCAGUAAAUGUCUCAUCCACUCUUGAUGUAUCACAUAGUCCAUUAAUUUCGCAUCCAUCUUCUAAAGAUCCUCUUCCUACUUGUGCUGGAUGCAGACAAAACAUUACAGAUCAAUAUCUUUAUCGUAUUCAAGGUUUAGCUUGGCACGAAUCGUGCGCAAUCUGUUCAGUGUGUUCAGUUGAACUCGUAGAAGUAUGUUUUAUCGUCAACAAAAAUGAACUGUUGUGUCACCGAGACUAUGACCGGCUUUAUGCAACUAAAUGUGGAAAUUGUCGACAACCAAUGCGAAGCCAUGAGUUAUUUAUGCGUGCAAAACAUUCCACUUCUGUUAAAAAUCCACUUAAUUCUACAUUAUCCUCUUUAAGUCAGGAAUUAAUAUUUCACGUCUCCUGUUUUACAUGUUGCAUUUGUCAACAACCAAUAGCAGCUGGCGAAGCCUACAUUAUUGAUCCUGUUACUUGUCGACCUAUGUGUCAUUCCGAUUUUAUGGCUAAACAACAGAGACAGCAAUCACCAAUGCUGCCACAACGACCUAAUCAUCAUCAAACUUCAACUUUAUCUACUACUGUUUAUCCUGUCCGAAUAAAUAAUCGUCAAUCAUCCGAUCUCAAAUCCUCCACAUCAUCGUCAUCAUCUCCUAGAAAUUGGCGACAGUAUGAUGAAAACACUGAACAUAUUCAUCAAUCUUCAUCAAAUUAUUGUUUAUCUAAUCGACAAAAUGAAUGUGAUGAUAUUGAAUUAACAAGUCAUAGAAAUGAUUGGCCAACAAUGGCUAAUCAAGAUUUAGAUCAAAGUUAUCAAUCAGUUAGUAGUGGAGGAUUUAGUUUAAAUAGACGUAUACGAACUUCACUUACUGACGAACAGCGCUACCGAUUGCAGGAGGCAUACGAAUCAAAUAUUCGUCCGUCAAAAAGUAUCUGGCCUACUUCAAAGUGUUAAAAAAGGGAAUUAUUCGUUUACAGUGAUAACUAUACUCGGUUAAAACUCAAAGAAAUUCUGACACAGAAAUCGUGUUUGAUGUUUAAUAAUCUUCACUAAAUUUAUUCUCGAAAUGUACGGAUGAUUGUGGACGAUCGUUUGUUAUUGAUUUCUACUGUGCCGAACAUCGCUAAUGGUCCUUAUUCAGUCAAUCAGUCAUACGCAACGUGAAAACUGGAACAUGUGGAUUGGUUGGAGUUGCUAUACCAUAUUAGCACAACGAGAUGAAAUUAUUUCAAGGCAAAUCCAACAAUGAUGAAAGUAGUAAUAGCAUUAUUAAUAAAAGAAAAGAUUAGUCAUAGAAAAAGAAAAUAAAUAGAUGCAAAGAGAUUUCUGGCCACAUGUUCUGUAAUACAACAAAUAAUGAAUGCACCUGAACUAUGUUAUUUAAAUUUUCUAACCAUUGGGUACGAUAGUCAUGCAGGCACCAACCAACUAGUCUACAUCUAUUGUUGGUAUGACUCAAUCGAGUUCUCAUUGACUUCAUAUUCUGGUGUCACGUCUUGGUUUAGAAACAUUUAGCUUUUCUCUCGCCUAUAUUUCUUACGUCAGAAAACAUCUG